AUGGCUGAAGCCAAAGACCUAGAAGAUAAAUGCAAGGCUACAAGAACAAUGCGAGUGACCAAAGAGGUUGUGGGGACAGGGGACAGUGGGAGACUCUCGAAGGAGAUAGGAGCCACGCAGACCCAACCCUCACAGCCUUCCACAGAGACAGAGUGGUUGGGUCUGAGUACAGAAAACCAAUUGAACUGGGCUAGAAAUACUAAAGAUCCUUGGAUUGCAGCAGGUCCCUUUUCCCCACUAGAAAAGAAGAUUAAGAGUUUAGGUGACAUCCAUUCUUCAGGAGUGAGAAAACUACUAGCCCAACAGUUUCAAAAGGAGAAUGAAGCACUUGAUAAACUUAAGGCCAUGUCUUAUGACUUCUGGUUUGCUAAAGCAGAGGCAUACUACCAUCAACGGUAUCAAGAAAUCACAAUGAAAACAGCACAGGACUACAAAACAGUUCCAGAAAUUAAAAUACAUGAAGAUGAGAAGAGAUCACAAAGUAAAAAAUCAGAAGAUGCUAAAAAUUGGGAGUACCUAGUGUCUAAGAGGGAACUGAAUCACAUACAAAAACACAUACACCAAAUGGAAAGAGCUAAAGGCCUCAGAGACCACAAAUAUCGACUACUUUCUCAAAGAACUCCAAGUGAAAUACUUUCCCCGAAAACGUUGCCACUGGAGGAUGAAAAGAAUGGAACUAUUCAGAAAACACACAAAACUGAAACCAAAAAGCACAAGGUGGCAUGGGCCCAGGAGCAGAUGACGGGACAUCAAGAUCGAAUGAUUCGAGGGAGAAAACUUACGGAGCAGAGAAAUAAUCAAAAAGAUGUUUGGAAACUCUCUAGCUGUGCUCCUCCUCUCCCAAAAUCUCAAGCGGUGAAGAAGGUGAAAGAGUAUGAAAGGAUCACAGCUUAUCCUAUAUUCCAGCCUUACCAGAAAGCACUCAUGGAAGUGAAUAUCCUGAGGGAAAAAUCAAAAGAGGCUAAAAUUCAAAAACCAUUCCCCAGGGAGUUCUUAAGUAUACCGCCAUUCCUGAGAAGUAAACUAGAA